AUGGUGUUGAGGCUUCAUGUGAGCUUAUGGUGCGAGAUACAUCUGUCGAGUGCUCACGACAAGGUUGGUGGUGGGUCUGUCAGAAUUCAUGCUGCUUGGCUGUCCGGCUUCUUGGUCACAGUUUUUCAUGUGUUCUCCUCCAAGCUAAGGAGCGGUCUUUGCAGGAGAAGGUCUUCAGCGUGCUUGGCUUUAGCAAAGAGGAGGUUCCGAGCCCCAUUUAAAUGCCAGGAUUGCUGCUAUUAUGUUCUGCUUCUCAGUUGCUUCUCCUCUGAGGCAUUGGCGCAGUUCGGCUUCCUGAUGGGCGCUUUUGAAUACGGAGCGAUGAAUGUGUAG